AUGAGGGGCGUAAAGACGGCUGAUUUUGAAAACGUUGUCACUCUAGUCAAGGAGUCUCUCGAGAAGGCCCUUGAGGAGGCAAAAGAAUUGCGCCGGCAGCGCCAGGAUAUCCCGGAAGAGACCAUGAAGAUGAAGGCAAUUCGACACCUCACAAAAUCGAUAAAUCUCGAGAAGAACAAGAUGCUUGAUGCGAUUCAGAUUGUUGCGGAGAAGUAUGAGGUUUUCCUGGCGUUGACGGAAGAUCCUCAGUUGCAACAGAAGGAUUAUUUCAUCUGCGUCAGAUUCCUCGACCAGCCAGGCGCCGUAGCAUUGUCCGGAUACUCCUAUGAAACGCUUCUGCUCUCCAAAAAGGGCGUUCCUUCGAGACGAAAAGAACAUACCCUGGGUUACCGCGGUGCGGGUACGUAA